AUGGGUAUCAAAAAGAUGUUUAUGAAAAAAGAUCCGACGGAGCAGGAAAUCCGUGAGGAUUUGAAUCGGGUCGGCAUAACUACAAAAUCGGGCAAUACAAGAGAAGAAAAGUUUGGAGCAUUCAAGAAUUACGCUCAAGAAAGGGCACAAAUGAGACCAGCUAUGGCACCAAGUAAUCCGUAUGCAAAGACACAGAAUAACGAUCCUGCUCAUAACCCGUAUGCUAAUAACGGUAACAGCUCAUCCGGUACCUCCGUGGGUGGAAAGGACCAGUCAAAUGCUAGCGGACAUUCAUCUUCACCAUAUCAAAGUCAGGGGCGCAGCAGUGCCGAUUCCAAUCCAUAUGGAAGUUCGACCCGUUACGGACAGCCACAAGCCGCGGACCCAUAUGCUGCUCCAAGUAGACGGCAAGCACCACAAUCUAGUGGACGAGAUCCAUAUAGUCGGCCAACUUCAAGGCAACCGGCAGCAGCAUCCUCACAGCGAAGCCAAGCGAAUGCAGCCAGUGCAGGCAGUGGAGAUUCUUCAACAAAGGUGAGUAGAAUGUCUACUAGGCAAUCGGCAGCUGAUACUGAUUCACUCGAUUUGAAUGCAAUCUCGUCACAUCAAAUGUUUCAAAAUAAUAAGCCAGUAAGGAAACAAGCUUUUGAUUCAGAUGAUUUAGAUUUAAAUGAAGAAUUUAAUGAGGAGGAGAACUUGGACUUGAACUUGGAUAUUCCAGAGGAGGAGCAAGUGAAUUCGGAAGACGAGGAAGUUGAAGCUAUUAAACAAGAUAUUAGGUUUGUUAAACAAGAGUCUGUUCAAUCGACUAGAAACACCCUUCGAAUGGCUCAGGAAGCCGAUGCAUCGGGUACAAAUACUUUGGGAAUGUUGGGAUCACAAUCUGAGAGGUUGUACAAUGCAGAACAGAAUUUGUUGUUGGCAGAUACUCAAACGCAAAUUGCCGACGAAAAGGUUAAAGAGUUGAGACGUUUGAACCGUUCUAUAUUCAUUCCAGCUUAUGGUAAUCCCUUCAAUAAAAAGUCAAGAUUGCGUCAACAAGAGGAGAAUAUCAAGAACCGUAAGAUGCAAGAAAAGUAUCUUCGUGAAACAAAUCGUCAAAAUAUGUAUGAGAGUGAACAAAGAUUGAAACAAGGUAUCAUGAAUAAUGCUACUGAUAAUGAUAUUCACCACAAGUACCAAAAUGAAAAGUAUCUACAGCAAGCACAAAGAUACCAGUUUGAAAAUGAUUCUGAGGAUGAUGAAGUUGAAAAGGAGAUUGCUUCUAAUUUGGACCAAAUUGGUUCUUAUGCAAAGAAAUUGCAUGGAGUUGCUAACACAAUGGGUAAGGAAGUUGACAGUCAAAAUGUUAGAUUAAGAAAGAUUGAAGAAGAUGCUGAUAAAUUGGAUAUCAAUGUUCAUAUGAACAGUACUAGAUUAAGUAACAUUCGUUAA